GCUGUUUGGCAGUUUGCCAGCAGAGUUUUCCUUCUUGAGUGAAACUCAGAAAAGUUCAAACUAUGAGGUAAACUUCAAGAGGCUUUUUUUGUCUAGUUGGCAAGAUGUAAGGAAGAAAAAAAAACUUAAAUUAAAAGUGAAUAAUAGUAAUGAGGAAGUGUUAAUUUGCAGCGGGUUGUUUUUUUUCUAAUAAAUGGUUAAAUUUUAUGUAUUGAGGAAGUCACAAUAAUACUGUGAUGCUAAGCUGCUUGGGGUUGUAUUCAUUACAUUCAUAUAUAUACACCAAGUCCUCUAUAAAAUUAAAAGUAGAUCAGUAUCUAAAGAUGUGGUCAAGUUUUAAAUUCAUAAGUGACAGAUUUACGGCUAAAAUCACUACAUUCAGUUGAUGUUCAGGGCACAAAUAAAACACAUUUAUGGGAAGCUGAAUGCUAUAACUCCAUUGUUUAUGCUGCUAAUUGCAUUUUAAAAAUACCAGUUUUUCACACAAAGACGUUCAUUCAACAUCCACAGAUUUUAUGGCAUAUCUUCAUCCAUUUUAGGAAUUUGACAACAAAAGUAAAAUAUUGCUUCUAGCAUUUAUUUUCCUUUGAUUUACUUACAGGUGUGUUUACGUGGACAGUCAAAGUGGCUUAAAGUCUAAAAGUUGGAUGAGACGUGUAUCAGUUUGUCUGCAUGCAGAAAGCUUGUGAAACGGCAACAUCAUCAGUGCAAUAAUGUCUCUGCUGUUGACACAAGACCACCAUUUUGAAUUAACGUAACGCACGUCUGUUAACAACAAUUCAGCUAAACAUUUAUGAUAGUUUGAUAUAUUUUUUAAUCUAACUUGAACAUAACCACUGUUGUCAUGUUUCGCAAAACUGAUGCCUCUGCUAUGUAGGAACUACAUAUUUAGAUUUUUUUCUUUUAGUACCUUAAGCAAAAUAAUGGAUCUUUUACGUGAAUAAUAAUAGCUUCGUUGCGGAAAUCCUUUCAAAGUAAUAAAGAAUCAAGAUAACAGCAAAUGUGCAAAAAACCUAUUCAUUCUAAAGUUAGGUGAUGGUUGCAAUAACGUUUUUUUUUUACUCUACAGCACUCCUAAAGAAAUUGAAAUGGAGGCUUCUGCAGAUUAUUCAGCAAGUAACGGCCAAUGCUCUUCCGGUAAGGAGAAUCCGAGAAUGUCAGUGGAUAUGUCAGCACCUAAUGGACAGACGGUUCCUCAGGGUCCUAAUUCCCCCAGUGAACUGACAAUUAAGCAAGAGGAAAUGAUGGAUGAAGCUGAAAACAGCAGCCCGACAGCCGAAACCAUGGUUCAAACAGGAGAUGAAGGCGUAGCACAGGAUGAAUCAAUGACUAGCAGCCCGAGCGAUACACAGGAUAGCUUGUCAGGACCAAAUGUAUCAGCAGACACAGGAAAUCGGCAACCAAAUGGUGAAAGGCCCUUCCAGUGUAACCAGUGUGGUGUGUCGUUCACCCAAAAAGGAAAUCUGCUGCGACACAUUAAGCUGCACACUGGUGAAAAACCCUUCAAAUGCCCCUUCUGCAGCUACGCUUGCCGACGACGUGAUGCCCUUACUGGCCAUUUGCGCACUCAUUCUG